UUACGUUGUCAUGCUUUGAAUAUGGGACACGCACGCUACAAGUAAGCUGUGUGUAAUGUGCUGAUAUUUUCUCACAUGUGUUAUUGUUUAUAAGAUCAACAGAUAACAAGCCUUUCCGCCAAAAUUGCUUCGCCACUGUCAACUUGAAGAAACAGCAGCGUCCAGUACUACGUUACUGAAGACGAAAUUGUCAGGCGAAAACUUCAACAAGUGUCGCUCAAUACGAGAAAGUUUUUAUACAGUUUUGAUAGUUUCUGAAUGCAGUGUUAUAACAAUGCAUCCGUGUGUGUAUAUGAUCUUAUAGUAGAAUACGAACAGAGCGCUAGGGGUCGACUGCUCCGAUCGCACACCACGGGUCAAUAAUGAUGUCGGCCUACCUACAUAGCCACUGGAUACUGACUGUUGUUUGAUGAGGUGACUGUGACAAACCGUUAUCUAUAAAUAAUCAUCGAAUCGCAAGGUAGCCUAACUUUAUCAAUAUACUAUCACCGACCUGCUACCUAUUUUAACCAUGACUUCGUGUUCUGAUGGGUUCAAUCAGUUCAAGAUCCACCACAUUACACAGCAGUCCAAACUCCUGUUAGGCGAGUCUUCAACUCUUGAUGAGCUGUUCCUGUGUAGAAAACUUAACCUGGAGGGGACUCAAACCAUUGCAUACCAACCGCUACACAAUGAACGUAGUUCAUCCUCUAAUGGGGAUGAGGCAACUGCAUUUAUAUGCAAUGAGGAGACGAAGGAAUUCCAACCCAGCAGUGCAGAGACUGAUAUAUUCCGAACUGGUCCAAGUUGUUACCAAGUUUCAAUUUCUUCAGUAUUUGUAAUAUCAUUGAUAUGUUUACUUGUCGUAGCAUGUCGCCAUUACAUCAGAAACUUACUUCUCUGGUUAGAAGAAACAGAACCCGCAAUAAGCUGCACAAUAUUUCUGGUGCUAUUCACAGUGGUGUCCUUUCCCAUGGCAUGGGGGUACAUGCUCCUCAUGGUAGCCGCCGGAUAUCUAUAUGGGAUAUUAUAUGGACCUCUAGUUGUUGUGACAUGUGGGGGUAUAGGGAUUCUUGUUGCACAUUUAGUUAUGAAAAAUUGCUGCAAGAAUUGUAUUAUGAAAAGAUUCUACAACGAUAAAAUGGAAGCUGUGAUACGGGUGGUGGAAAGCGGCCAGGGAUUUAGGGUGGUCGCUCUCUCAAGACUUACGCCCAUUCCUUUUGGACUUCAAAAUGGUUUAUUUGCACUGACGAACAUCCAUUUAUUGACAUAUAUAGCUUCGUCCAUCUUGGGUCUGGUGCCUACAUCUAUUUUAAACUGUUAUAUGGGGACAACGGUGCGGUCCAUGGAAGAUGUACUGUCCGAUGACUCCAACAAAACUACUGGCUACAUUAUAUUUAUAGUUCAGAUUUUGAUUACGUUCCUUUUGUUGUGGUUUGUGGUGAGAAAGGGGAGGAUGGAGCUGAAGAGGGCAGUUGAGGGGGAGGAGAAACCAGAAUUUAUACCUCUGACAGAAAUUAAAGAUGACAGCAGCUGAUCAUGUGGAGCCGUAGAAAGAAUUUACUCUAUAGUAAAUCCCGUUUUCUUUAAGCAUUAAAUUUUUCCCUUUUUUUUGCUCAAUAUCUCACAUGUUGGAGAAGUUUGUGUCUUGC